AUGCCGUCCAUAUGCGCGGAGUGCAAGAAGUUUCUGAAUGACCACGCCGGUCGGGAUGCGCCCGCUUUCGUCGGCGAAGCAUACGAGGCUUCGCGCAAGAUGGACGACAGGUUCAAACUCAAUAUGCGCGGCGCUAGGGCCAUUGAGAGCACCGGCUUUGAUGGUGGGGCCGGCUCUGCGGAGGGUGCGGAGGGCGGGGAUGGCGAGGUCGGUGCCGCAGACGACGGGAGCGAUGACAUACCGGACUUGCUAUCGGAGGAAGAAUGGGGUCGCACAGCGUGA